AUGAGAGAUGAUGAUUGCUUUCUGGAUGUGUGUUUAUGGAAAGAGAGGAAGAAGAUGGAAGCAUGGAUGACUUUAGCAUAUUUCCAGCAGCUUGAUGAAAGCUUCGUCAAGCUCCUGGGUGAUUUGAUAGAAGAGAAAAUAGGAAGCAAGGGAAGAACAAGGCUUGAAAUUAAAGGGUUCUAG